UUCGGCGUUCAUGCAUGAUAGCUCGAAAUAUAUCUUGACUAUAGGAUAGACCUGUAUACCAGCUAGACCUAUAUCAUACUGAACUAUAGAAUAUGUCGGACCAGGCAGUGAUAGAUCGGGAACGGUGGAGUUGGCGAUUUGAAUCUAUUGGGACGAACAUCGGCUUCGUAGCCUGUUUUCAGAACUUAUGGCGCUUCCCUUACCUCUGCUACGCCAAUGGCGGGUUUCUGUUCCUCAUCCCAUAUUUACUAUGUUCCAUGUUUCUUGCGAUUCCUCUCAUGUUCUUGGAGACGGCACUCGGUCAAUACACCUCCUCAGGUCCCAUCAGGGCAUGGAAGAUAUGCCCACUUUUUCAAGGUAUUGGUGUCGCCACCACUGUCGUUGCUUGGUGGCGUACCAUCUACCAUAACGUCAUCCUGGCUUGGACUCUAUACUACCUCUACAGUUCGUGCCUUGGCGGUGAGCUCCCCUGGACGAGAUGCAAUAAUGUAUGGAACACACCUUCAUGCCUUGAAAGCUCCUCUAAAUGGGUGUGCGUCAACGGAACCUAUAUCAUCGGCAACAAGUGGGAUACGUAUCCAACGGAAGCACCGCGAGCCCCAUCGUGGAACAGUAGGGAUGUAGCAGGGUCUUCAGAUAACCCUGACAAAUGUGCUUAUAAUUACCCUUCAACCACCUACCCUGCCCACGAGUUCUGGAGAUUCAAUGUGCUAAAUCAGACAGACGGAAUACAUGACGUAGGACGUAUUGUUUGGUAUCUUGCCCUAAACCUCUUCCUCGCAUGGACGCUCAUCUACUUUGGCCUCUGGAUGGGAGUCAAAUUGAGCGGCAAGAUAGCUUAUGUCACCGUUCCCUAUAUACACCUUGUACUAGCCGCAUUUUUUAUACGUGGGGUCACUUUACCAGGAGCGUAUGAUGGUUUGCGGUUUUUUCUCUACCCCAACAUAUAUCUACUUGGAAGAACACAGGUGUGGAUAGCCGCUGGAACAGAAGUUUUCUAUUCCUUCUCGAUUGGACUAGGUGCUUACACAGCCCUUGGAAGCUUCAACAAAUUCCACUACAACUUCUAUAGGUUGGUACAAAAACACUUGCUUGUAAUAUUCUCUUCUCGUGGCAAGAAAAGAAAAGCAGCGGGCACUAAGGCAAACUCAGAAUCGCUCGAUCAGCUAUACAUGAUCGUAGCCUUCUUAAAUGUUAUUACAAGUAUCUACAGUGUUAUCAUCGUCUCUUCAUUCGUUGGCUUCGUAGCGUUCGCUGAGGAUAUCCCAAUAAGUGGAGCCGUUGAUAAAGGUCCUGGUCUAUUUUUCGUGGUCUUUCCGCGUGCUUUUGCUGCAAUGCCUUCAUCAAGGGUCUCGGCAAUUUUCUUCUUCCUAGUGGUCCUAAAGAUUGGGCUAAACUCUCAGCUCGUCAUGGUGAAGGCGUUCAUCACGUCUGUCUUGGAUCUUUUCCCUACCUCGCUGCGGAUUGGGUAUUAUAAAGGGCUAUUCGUGUUGGGAGUCUGCUUUGUAAACUUCCUGAUUGGCCUUAGUAUGGUAACUCAGGGUGGUUUCUACGUCUUCACGCUCUUUAGCCACUAUGGGGAUAGUCCCUUCCCUAUUGUUUGGAUAUGUUUCUUCGAGAGCAUCGCCAUCGGAUGGUUUUAUGGAGUUAGAAAGUUCUCCCGAGACAUUGCCGAGAUGCUGAGAUGGCAACAGAUUGAAUGGUACAUAAUCUGCUGGCCAGUCACUGUUCCUAUUAUUGCUCUGCUCGUUUGGAUCGGCAACAUAGUGUACUGGGCCCCGCUGUCAUUUUCCUCUGGCUACCCGAGCUGGGCCAACGGGCUCGGCUUCUGUAUGACCCUCUCGUCGAUGGUGUGCAUUCCCGCAGGAGCGGUCUACUCCAUCUUCUACCACAUGAUCAAAGGUGAAGGGCCCACUAUGACGAGGCUGAAAAAGGUUAUCCAACCCACUAUCGUUCCCUUUCGUUACGAACUACAUGUAGAACCAGAUGGUGUGGAAAUGACCUAAUUUCAUGAGAGUCAAUUAAAAAAAAACUUUAUGUAAUAGUGGAAAAGAUUGAAAAAAAUAAUCACUUGCAGUUUUGAAGUCGUAUGCUAUCUCUGAAAUGAUACGAAAUUAUAUAAAUACUUUAAAUUGUUUAAUUUUCUUCGGUUUCAAUUUAUAUUUGAUGAUAAUUCCAAGUCAUUGGAUCGCAAACUUAUAAUAGCCUAUUCAAUUUUACCUCAAU